AUGACAUCGGAAGCCAAAAGAGCCAAGAUAGAUGAUGACACUCCCCUACUUAACUUCCUCCGGUGGUGUAACGGCGUCGGUCUUGGGCUCAGCUCUAAGGUACGAGUGAGCAAAGAAGGCACUGUAGCCGAAUAUGGGAUGUUGGCUCAGGACGACAUCGAGGUUGGUGAGGUAUUGUUCACCAUCCCCAGAGCAGUUCUUCUUCACCAAGGGACAACAAGCGUCUCAGCACUGCUGGAGAAAGAAAGGGUCUCCCUGGAGAGCUCGUCAGGGUGGGUGCCCCUUCUGCUGGCUCUUCUGUAUGAAUACACUACACCACAAUCCAAAUGGAAACCAUAUCUGUCAUUAUGGACUGACUUCAAGAUGCUAGAUCAUCCCAUGUUCUGGUCCAAAGCGGAGCGAGACAGACUGCUGAUGGGAACUGGAAUACCAGAGGCAGUGGACAAAGACCUGGCCAACAUCCAAAGGGAAUACAGAGAUGUUGUCCUGCCCUUCAUGGCCAAGCAUCCCGAUAUAUGGAACCCGCUCACGCACACACUGGAGCUGUAUAUGCAACUGGUGGCUUUUGUCAUGGCAUACAGUUUCCAAGAGCCACAAGAAGAGUUAGAGGAGGAUGACGAAGAGGAAGAAGAAGAUGAGAAGGCCCCAAAUCCACCUAUGAUGGUUCCUAUGGCUGACAUGCUUAACCAUGUGUCCAAGCACAAUGCCAAUCUGGAGUUCACCCCUGACACUUUGAAGAUGGUGUGCGUGUGCCCCAUCAAGAAAGGAGAGGAGGUGUUCAACACAUAUGGGCAGAUGGCCAACUGGCAGUUACUGCACAUGUACGGUUUCACUCAACCGUAUCGCAACAACGCAGACGACACGGUUGACAUUCCUGUUGCCAACCUACACAAAGCGGCUGCAAAAGAUGGUGAUCAGCAGCUGUUGAAGGAGAUGUGGGAGGUGCUACAGGAGAAAGGAGCAUUUGUCUUUGGAAAAAACGGCUGCCUCACUGACAUGGAACUACAUAACACACUCAAGAUGCUGUGCAUGUCCAGGGAGGAGUUUGUAGAGUUCAAAGACAAUGAUGGCUGGGAGGAUGACGAAGAUGAGGAAGAGAUUUCUCAAGCCUUCUCCAAUGAAGGGCUCCCGGGAUUAACGAGCAAGUGGAAGCAGUAUAUCCACGAAGCAGCACGUCUGACUGUGGAGGGCUACCACAACAUAGACAGAGACCGGGUCCUGAUGGAGGAACGGGCUUUGCUGGAAGGUUUGAGCAGCAGGCAAAGGAACGCACUUCACGUCCGAUAUGGACAGAAAACCAUUCUGGAAAAAGUCAUGGAGCUCACAAAGACAUGA